UAAUUUCAAAUCUCUCACCUCUAUUCAAACCACAAUCAAGAAAAUGGCAGACACAGUCCCUUCUCUCUUCUCCCUCCAGGGCAAGACCGCCCUCGUCACCGGCGGAACCCGCGGCAUCGGCGCCGCAAUGGCAAUUGCCCUUGCUGAAGCCGGCGCAGACAUUAUCCUCGUUCAGCGCGACGCAUCAAACACCAGCACCCACGACUACAUAACCAGCAAGCUCAACCGCAAAGCCACAAUCCACCCCGCCGAACUGUCGGACCGCACCUCCGUGAAAUCCAUCAUCCCCACACUCGUCUCCCAGGGCCACAACCCCACCAUCCUGCUCAACUGCGCAGGAAUCCAGCGGCGCCACCCAUCCGAGAAAUUCCCCGACGAGGACUGGGAUGAGGUUCUGAAUGUGAACCUCACCAGUGUGUUCACGCUGUGUCGCGAGUUCGGCGCAUAUAUCCUCUCUCAGCCUGAAGGUUCCUUUGAGAAGGGCCGCAAAAGGGGGUCCAUUAUCAAUGUUGCCUCGCUGCUCUCGUAUCAGGGUGGGAUUACGGUUCCUGCGUAUGCGGCGAGUAAAGGUGGGAUUGCGCAGUUGACGAAGGCGUUGAGUAAUGAGUGGGUGAGCAAGGGGAUUAAUGUGAAUGCGAUUGCGCCGGGGUAUAUUGAUACGGAUAUGAAUGUUGCGUUGAUUAAUGAUAAUAACCGCAAUGCGGGUAUCAUGGCGCGCAUUCCGGCGGGCAGGUGGGGGAAGCCGGAGGACUUUAAGGGGCCGGUUGUCUUUUUGGCUAGCGAGGCCAGUUCGUAUGUUAGUGGGGAGUUGGUUACGGUUGAUGGUGGCUGGAUGGGGAGGUAAAGUGGCCUCGAGGGCUUCUUGGUUUUGUAUCUUGUAAAUAGAUUGUCCAAUUAGGUGCAUACAUUUAGACUACUACACUGUUGUGGUUCCUUUGUCCGGUUGUAGUCCUCCGAAUGUUUGAUUUGACUUGAUAAUGUACAAUUGCAAAGUGGGUAUACUAGAUAGAAUUAGCUGCAGCAUAAGGUCAAUCCGACAUCAGCCACUCG